AUGAGCUUCCUCGCGCGCCUGGUCACGCUUUUCGGGCUCGUACUUCUCGGACAUGCAGGCUAUUCCGCCCACGAACACACUGUCCUCUACAGCAACAUUUCCUCCACCGUCCUUCCCCACGACAUCAUCGCUGAAACCCUCGUCUCCGUCCUCAUUGUAUCAAUUGGCCUCGUUCUCGGUGCCGAGAAGUUGAAGCCCGUCAGCUGGCGCGACUGGGCGGGCGCUAUCGAGCGGGAUGGCGGGGCGCGCAACCCGUUCCUGAGUUUGGAGGAGCGUUAUGCGUUCUGGGAUAUCCGGGCCAAGCGAAAGGAGUUUGCGAACUGGGUUCGUGGCCAGGAUGUGCCGAUUAAAGAGUAA